CUUCGGUUCCUACGCUUUUCAUUCACACCAAGACCUCCUGUGGCUUCUGUACCUUGUUCACUGGCCCUUUACACGAUCAUUGAAUCAUCCCCUGCCCGCCAUUACGGAUUUAUCAUUUGCAGGAAACAAGAUGAUUGAACCAUAUGAAAUUGCAGAGGAGAAUAAGGAAGCAUAUACACAAUUAUGCCAAAAAUUUCUCCAAAGCCAAGGCCUGUUUCAGUGCCAACACAGAGAUUGGAUGUCGAAGGUGGACCUAGAAGAAGACCUUAAAGAAAGGGUGGAGAUAGAAGAGAAAGAGGAAAGGGAGGAUAAGAAGGCAUACAAAAGAACAUUAACCCACACACCCAAAAAGCUAAAGACGGAGAAAAAGCCAUCCUUUUCCUCAGAAGCUGAUCCUGACCUAAACGAAACAAUUAUAUGCGGGUCGACCGACUUCAAAUCUCUACAGAAAAAGGUUGUGGCUAAUAUCAACACCUCGGCCAAAUUGGACUUUGAUGCGCUGCAGUCCAUCGACCCUAAGACAGUGUGGGAAAGUGGUGUGCCGGCUCCUGCUGAUGAGAUUCUGGUGCAAGUGUGUAAGAAGUGUGAGAAAUUAGGUGAUAAUGUUGUGAAGACUGUUUGCACUCUUCUUAUACUGCCUAAGCUGUAUCAACUAAAGAGCAAACUGGCCACAUCAACCUCCGAUGCAAUGACAGACUUUAUGCGAUGGCAUCCCUCUACAACUGUGACACAAGCUCUCGUUCCUCUUUUGCAAUAUUGCCCUAACAUGCAAGAGCAACACAGGGAUGCCCUAGCUCAGUUAAUACAAGAUUGUUCAGCAUCUUUAGUUACACAGAUGUUAAGUGCAAUAUCAACCAGAGAGAGCACCAGCGACAUCGACAUCCAAAUCUUCCAGCUGCUAUGUGAAAAGGCCAACCACCAAGCCCAGGCAACACAUGAGGCCACCCUCAUGUACCUGGGCAAGGCUUCCGAGACCCACAAAACUUCAAUAAAGUUUGGACACUGCCUGCUCUUUGUGGUCAAGAAAAUGGGGUCUGUUAUGCAAGAUCGGGAGGGCUUGCAACACAUUGUGAACCACCACAGCUCAAGUUUGAAAAAAGCAAUUGAAGUGCAGCUUAAAAAGAUUGAUAGAAAUAGAUGAUGGGCAUAGUAAUGUAUUGCUAAUAUCAAGUAUAAUUGUUUUGAUUUGCCUGGAUGUGUCUGUGAUAAAGUGUGAUUAAAUAUUUGAGUAAGAAC